UUUUUGCUGCGCUAUUGACACAACACUUCCCAUUGAGGAGCCAUGGCAGCAAUAAGUGAUUGCCCUGGUGUCACUUGUGCUUGGCAAUAAAUUGGCAUCUGUCCACUGGACUGUUAAUCAUGGUUCUGUACAGCACCAAAUAAUGAUUAUGAAGAAGAUUAUGACUUUUCAACUCCUUACAAAUCAGUGACAAGAGGCGGAUUAAGAAAAGGUGGUGUCUUGUAAGGAAGACACCUCAUUCCCCGGCCAAGAACAAUCAAAGACAUGGACAAUAGUCUACUACACAGAACAACCAAAACAGUCAGAGAACACCUUCCCAGCAGAGCCAACAUGAUCAGCAGUACCAAGCCACUUGCCUUUUCCAUAGAAAGGAUAAUGUCCAGGACUCCAGAACCUAAAGCUCUCUCUGUGCCAAGUUUGUUGCAGGGUUGUCAGCCAAAAGGUGACCACAGGCAAGCCCUUCACAUCAAUUCUUCAUCCAUCCCCUGCAUGAUUCCCUUUGUGCCAGUUGCAUAUGACCACUGUCCCAAAAUUGGACUCACCAGCUCUGAGCUGAGGAAGACCCAACUUGAAUCGUCCACCGCUUUUAGCUGCAACGAACUUCUGAAUUGUGCUCUGGCUUUCAAAGGAGAUCUUGCCAGAGACGCCUUACCUGUCCAGCAAUACAAGCUGGUGAGACCACGAGUGGUGAACCAUUCAUCGUUCCAUGCCAUGGGGGCAGCUUUAUGUUAUUUUAACCGAGCAGAUGGACCAUGCCACCCUUCAGCUAGCAUCAACAUCCACCCAGUUGCCUCUUAUUUUCUGGGCUCCCCACUGCACCAACCUCAGAAGACCUACCUGGCAGAGAGGAACAAGCUGGUUGUGCCAUCUGUGGAGAAGUAUUCUUCAGGGAUGACUUUCAAAGACCUUUCACAAGCCCAGUUUCAGCACUAUAUGAAAGAAAGCGCCCAGGCACUAUCAGAUAAGAUUGCCUUCAAAAACUCAGCCAAAUUCAGCAGCAAUGCUUCCCCCAACAGCAAACCCAAAGUCUUCACCUGUGAAGUUUGUGGCAAGGUAAGUCAUCAAAAGAAUGUCCCACUCCCACCCCAGCUGUGUCCCUUAUUUGCAGCAUUGCCAUAAUAAAUAUGUAUCUCUCUUCUUUGUCAAGGUGUUUAAUGCACAUUACAAUCUGACCAGACACAUGCCAGUCCACACGGGGGCCAGACCGUUUGUGUGCAAGAUUUGUGGCAAAGGAUUCAGACAAGCAAGCACCCUAUGUAGGCAUAAAAUCAUCCACACACAGGUACAGACAGACAAUGUGUCAAUGUAAACUGUAACUGUAUAUUGAUUGAUGUAUAUUAUACUCUGUGUGUAUAGCUAGGGCAGAUAUGGUAUGAUAAAUAUUUAGAUUUAGAUAUUAUAUGGAUAGUAUAGAUAAUAAUUAAUGAACAUAUAAACUACAAAUAGAUAAAUAGAAGUCAUAUAAUGCACAGGUAGAUACACACAGGGCUGUUUACUUAAAUUAGAAUGUGGGAAGUGAAAAUUAAUUUAACAUUUAAGGCUAAAGUAACCGAAAUUGAAGCAAAGCUGACUCCAGUUGGGAUACUUUGGACUUCAAUUUUAAAUUCAUUUUGUAUUCCCGACAAUUUUAACGUUAAUGAAUAGCCCUGUUAUAUAUCGUAUGUAAUAUAGUUAUGUGUAUACGUAAAUAUUGGAGAAAGAGAGAGAGAAUACCUGUGAUUACGUAUAUAAGACUUUAAAAUGGUUGCAUUCAACAAACGGGAUUUGAUAAAAUAACAGGUAAAUUAAGCAUUAACCCAUGUUCUAUAUAUUUUCUAUAAUUUUUUUCCCCAUAGUUAUAAAUUGUCACACAUGGCUGAGAAGUUUUAGAAAGAGUUUUGUAAUAAGAUAACUGUUAUCACACAAUGCGAUAUAUUAUUAUUAGUAGUAGUAUAAUAAUAAUAAUAAUAAUAAUAAUAAUAGUAUGUGUAUAUAUAUAAAAUUCCUAAACCUGUUCUCUUUAUUUUUACCAGGAAAAGCCCCAUAAAUGCAACCAGUGCGGCAAAGCCUUUAACAGGAGUUCCACCCUGAACACCCACACCCGAAUCCACGCGGGAUACAAGCCCUUUGUGUGUGAAUUCUGCGGGAAGGGUUUCCAUCAGAAAGGUAAAUGUACCCCCAUUCCAUUAGAACCCUUCAUGUAGUACCCUCAUUUAGAAUCAUCAUUUAGAAUAAUUAUUUAUAUCAAUCAUUUAGAAUAAUCAUGUAUAUCAAUCAUUUAUAUCCCUCAUUUAUAUCAAUCAUUUAGAAUCAUUAUUUAGAACCCUCAUUUAGAAUCAUCAUUUAUUUCAAUCGUUUAGAAUCAUAAUUUAGAACCCUCAGUUAGAAUCAUUAUUAAGAAUCAUCAUUUAGAAUCCUUAUUUAGAAUCAUUAUUUAGAAUCUUUAUUUAUAUCAAUCAUUUAGAAUUAUCAUUAUUUAGAACCCUCAUUUAGAAUCAUUAUUUAGAACCCUCAUUUAGAAUCAUUAUUUAGAACCCUCAUUUAGAACCUUCAUGAAAUAUUUGGGCAUUGAGAACCUGUAGACUGCCCAGACUGUGCUACAGGGUCAUUAAACUCUACAUUUCCAUCUGACAUCUAGAAUUGAUUGGCUACAUAUUUUUUUUUUAUUAUGCACAAUGUGUCUUUACAAAGAUUCUGCAUUGCUUAGUGUGCUAUUAAACUAUCCCUUUAGAUCCACAGAGGGGAACUGAGAGGGUAGAGACCCAGACUGUGAAAUUGCAGUGUAGAUAUUGCAAGAUAAGUGGAGCAUUUUAGGUGGAAAUGAUGACUUGUGCCUGAUGACACCCUUUUCUUGUUCCAGGUAAUUACAAGAACCACAAACUGACUCACAGCGGGGAGAAGCAGUUCAAGUGUAAUAUAUGUAACAAGGCUUUUCACCAAGUCUACAAUCUGACCUUCCAUAUGCACACCCACAAUGACAAGAAGCCCUUCACCUGCCCCACCUGUGGCAAAGGAUUCUGCAGGAACUUUGACCUGAAGAAACAUGUGCGCAAGUUGCAUGACAGCAAUACAGGAGGUCCACCUGGGUCUAGUCCUGCUGAGCAGGAAGAACUGCUUCUACAGACCAGGAGCCAACCCAAGAGAAAGCAGAGUCCAGAACUUCAAAAAGGCACCUAUUGAUAGCCUUCCUGGGGCCACAUAAUGGACUUUUAUCAUGUACCUUAAGGUGCAAAUUUCCAGAAUCCAAGCAGGGUUGAAUCAGACUAGGUCUGCUGGACAACCAGAUGGAGAGGUUGGUCUGGGCUGGAGAGGAGGACCUCGAGAUGGAGGUCUUUCUGUUG